UUUAGUUGGAUGUUCACAAGUUGUCGGGCCACCGUGGCGGACAGGGUGAUCCGCGUUCGCGCAAAACACGUCGCCGCGAUCCCGUCGUGCUACGGCAACGUUAUCAUUCUGUGGAGCAGAAAGACGGCACCACGUUGUGUCGUGAGUCAUUGUUGUGUUGACAAUCGAAGCAGGCGGGAGGCAGGAAAGAGAGCAGACAGGCGAGCAGGCAAGCAGGCAGACAAGCAAGCAAGCAAGCAAGCAGGUUGCCGCUUCUCAGCACAGACCGGUUGUUGUCGCAUCGGCGUAGUGCACGUCCAAGACGUGCGUUAAACAUCGCUGCCUUCUGUACCGAUUUUAGUCGACUUUGGUCGACUUCGCUUGUAUCAAGUGUCACCCGCGCCGAGGUGAUUGGUGCGCGAUAUACGCCGAGUGACGUGACGGUGGGACGGACGGAGGUGCGGCGUGGAAUAAGAAAAGACGGCAGUCGUACCGCGAGUGAAUUUUUUUGCGUACAGCCGCUCGCGGCUGUUAUGUAAUCGCUGCAGCGCGGAGCGAAGUGUUUGCGCGUGACGUAGGCAAAGAAGGAGAGAGAAAGAGAGAGAACGUGAAAGACGACGGAGAACGUCGCAGAACUCGUUGACGUGUUGAAACUUUAGGAAAAUCCGUCGUUCUAUUUAACUCUUCGGGCCGGCUUAAGCGAGUCGUGUGCCACUCCGGGGGGAACGACCGCUUUCCCGUCCGGAGGCGAGAAAUUAGGAGUCGAGGGUAAAACCUCGGUAUUCCCUAAUCGAGGAGAGUUAAUUAGUCCAGCGGCAUCGAUGGUGCGCAGCCUAACGAUGGAGCAGACGUUCUACGAGGACGCGAGCAUUUACGGUGCGAUGAACGGUCGCGAGAACAGCGUGGUCCAGCUGAAGCGGAAUCUCACGCUCGACCUGAACGGUUGCCAGAGGCAGGGCUCGCAGGCGAAGAGGCCACGGUUGGGCCCGCUGCCACCCGCUCUGAACAACGUCACUCCGAUUCUAAGCUCGCCGGAUCUCAACAUGCUGAAAUUGGCUUCACCCGAGCUGGAGAAACUGAUCAUGACGCAACCGGACGGUCUGGUAACCAGUCUACCCACACCGACCACCCAGAUCCUCUUCCCCAAAGCGGUCACUGAGGCCCAGGAGUUGUACGCGCGCGGCUUCGUCGACGCGCUCAACGAGCUUCAUCACUCCGACAGUUCGCAGGAACCCGGCAGCAUGCACGGCGCAACGUACACGACCCUGGAGCCGCCCGGUAGCGUGCAGAGUACAGAGUCCACCAUGAGCAAUCCCGGCCUGGUGCACGUCAAGGACGAGCCGCAGACGGUGCCGAGCGUGUCGAGCACGCCACCGAUGUCGCCGAUCGACAUGGAGAACCAGGAGAAGAUCAAGCUGGAGAGGAAGCGGCAGAGGAACCGCGUGGCCGCCUCCAAGUGCCGACGGCGCAAACUCGAGCGCAUCUCCAGGCUCGAGGACAAGGUCAAGCUGCUCAAGGGCGAGAACACCGAGCUGAGCGGCAUCGUGCACAAGCUCAAGGAGCACGUGUGCCGGCUUAAGGAGCAGGUCAUGGACCACGUGCACGCUGGCUGUCAGAUCAUGACCGUCAACAACCAGUUUUGAACCUCCAGAUCGCUCUCUCCCUCCCCAAUCGAGGAGGGAUGACGAACGAGCCAACCCUCGUCCCGCUCUCGGCCACCCCUCGAGGAUUCGCUGUCACCGUGCUCAUCAUCUUCUUGCCCCAUCGCGAAGGUAGUUUUCGCGAAUAGAACGAACAGUGAACUUUCUUACAACUACGGCCGGUGUGUUGGAUCUCCUUUUCUACGAUUGCGAUCGAAAGGGAAAUUCUCGGCUGGCGCCAUAGGCUUAUCGUUCGGAAAUGUCUCUCUUCUUAUCUCAACCACACGAAUUCUUUGUUUCUUUUACGAUAUCAAGAAGAAAAAAAAAGUUUAACUAUGUCCUUCGAUAUCGCCAAAGAGUUGAAGACAGAAGAGGCGGUAUUUUCGACGAGUGCAGGAUAGUUCCAUCGUCAUCCCGAAGAAGGAAAGAAGGGAGGGAGAAAAGGAGCGAGUCCAUCGUUCGCUGUUUUUUUCUUUCUUGGCUCUUUUGUGACAUGAUCGGGGAGGAGACGAUCAUACAACGAUGGCAAGAACAGUAAGCAGCAGGCGGAGCAGGAGGAGGAGAAGGAGGAACAGGAGGAGGAGGAGGAGGAAGAAGAGGAGGAGGAAGAGGAGGAGGAGGAGGGGGGAGGGGGAGGAGGAGGUAGUGAUGGUCGUGGUGGAGAAGGAGGAAGGAGUGCCUUCGUACACAACGUGAAACGUAAAAGAUGCUUUUAAGAGAGUGGCAGGCGUGCGCGCGUGCGUGUUGCGCGCAUGCGAGAGACUUUACACGCACGAGCAGGCGAAUGCGUGUAUCAUAUGCGAGAGAGAAAGAGAGAAUGUAUGUAAUAGGGAGAAAAUGUAUGCAUGCAGAGAGAGAGAGAGAGAGAGAGAGAGAGAGAGAGAGAGAUCGCGCGAGGUAGCACGAGGGGGAGUAUCGCGGCGGCCAUUUUGGAGAACGCGAGAGAACCGGCGGGAGAUUCAAAGCUACCGAAAGUUGUCCAAGUAAACAUCAACUAACAGUAGCAUAACUGUUAUAAUUUCACCCUCAGUAACAUAACUGUUAUAUAUAACAUGUUGUAUCACAUCUAUCAAUCAAAUCGAGAGGUUAUGUUUAUUUUUUACUGAAUGCACUUUCGUGAAACAGACUCGAGCAUUCCGAUAGUCUUGUAAACUUCUACCUUGGUGCAUACAAAAUUUCGCAUUAUAUAUAAUGUUACGUUAUCUUCAAUGUGAAAUUGUAACAUUGAUGUUACGUUACUAUUGGUGUUUACCGAGUGAAGCUUUUUUCUUUCCUCCAUCUUUCUUCCCUUCGUUGUCGAGCAAACGAUCGUCGUCGUCAUCAACGAUUCGCUCCGUUUUCAAUUUCAGGACGCUUGAAAUUUUGCGUCCAGGAGAUCAAUAGAACAGCUAUUAGAUCGAUAGAAAGCGAAGGACUCCUUCUUUCUUUCUCGGCAGUGAACGGCAGUGCCGAUUUUCUUCUCUACGCGGACUCGCAUACUCGGUUCGCUUGUACAGUUUCGAUAUGGGAUACGUUCGCUUUGCUAGUGACAUAAAUCAAGUUUCAAAAAUUGUUCCUUUGACACAAAUACACUCCCGAAUACGCGCGAGGUGGUUUUUAAGCCUCGUGCCAAGUUGCGAGGAUCGAUUCGUCGAGUAUCGACGAUCCUCGCGUUCAUCGCCGGCUCUUUUUUUUUUUCGAUGCGAACGAGGGAGACGACUGUGUAUUUUUGCGAAUCAAUCAAAACGAGAGAUUCUCAUCUUUGGAACCGGAAGGAACCACGCGACCGAUUACAU